UACCAGGCCACAGAUGCUGAUGAGACAAACAAUGCAAACAGUAGAAUCAAAUACAAAAUUUUAAGUGCAACAGAACCUGCAAAAUCCAACUUUACAAUUAAUGAAACGACUGGAGAACUUUACAUUAAAUCUGCUUUAGAUUUUGAAGCUCUGGGGAAUGGAGGCAUCAUCAUCUUAUCUGUCCAGGCUCAAGAUUUGGGUGUGCCCGCUCUUUCAUCAACAGCCAAUAUUUCAGUUGUUGUUGUUGAUGCCAAUGAUGAAAUACCAAGCUUUUCUAAAUCUUCUUACUCAAAUAGUGUCAAAGAAAAUGCUACCCUUGGCAAGUACUUGCAAAAUGUAUUAAAUUGAAUUAGCGUUUAUUUUAGGAUUUGAUUAUAAUAAUUAAUCCUAUGUAAAUUUUUAAUAAUUAUAAUGUUAAUCUAAAUUAAUGACAAAACAAACAGACAAUUUUUUAUAGAAAAUAUGCCAUCAUCAAAUAAAAAAAGAUCUCUUAUUUUCUCAAAUUUCAUCUAGUAGAACUCAACUUAUGUUUUCAAUAUUUCCCUGUUUAGGCCAACUUGCAAUUAAUAGAUUUUAGUUUCAAAUUAGCUUUUGGUUCCAUUCAAGAUCUAUGGUUGCGAUUAAAAUUUUUCAAAAUACCAGACAUAUUCCCACCAUUUCCCUAUAUUUAUACUUAUGUCUAUUUAUUAUUAGUUUCCAUAAUUUUUCAAGGAAUUAUGUUGAAAAACUUGACUCCAUAAGCUAUAUUUAGCUCAUUUAUGCGAACACUGAUUAUAAUAUGAGAGUCAAAGCAGAUUAAAACUUUCAAAUGUCUUUUUAAACCAUGAUGUUAUUUGUUACAAGUUUUAAUUCUGUUUCAGUUUGAAACUUCAGUUUCAGAAAUAAUAUAUGGUUCUGACUAAUGAAUGAUGGGAGGAAUUAAAAAAAUAAUUAAAUUGAACAUUUUACUAACCUGUGUAUAAACAGUAAUUUCACCCAUCUCUUCAAUAAAUAAAAUUGCCACUUUUUUGAUAACUACUUCACUGAUUUAUAACAAAUGAGAAGGCUAAGGGAAUAAGAUGUUACUUGUCUGUAUUCUAUCUUCAGUUAGUUAAAAAAUUAUAUAUCCCAGGGAACAAUUAGGCCUAAUGUUUGAGAAAUUUUCUUUGGAUUUAUUUCUAGACUUUGAUAAAUUACUGUUGCUUGUUUAAUGUAGCAAAAGCAUGACAUAAAUUUCACAAUUAAAUAUUAGUUGACUUAAUGUUACAGGUAAUGCUUCAUCAUGUAAUAUAUACAAAUUUAAUGUUCAGGCACCAGUGUUAUACAAGUACAAGCAACUGAUAGUGACAAAUCGAAUAAAAACAACCAAGUGUCCUAUAUGAUUGAUGUAUUGAGUGCCAACACAUUUAGCAUAAAUAACACAGGGAUUAUCACUAUUAAAAAUAAACUGGACAGAGAACAGAUUGAGCAUUAUAACAUAACAGUUACAGCACUGGACAAUGGUCAGCCAACACAAACUUCUUCUGUAACUGUUUUCAUCAGUGUACUGGAUGUCAAUGACUCCCCACCACAGUUUAUUAGGGUAUGUUCUGAUGAAGCCUUCAGCAAUGUAGCUGACAAUGUUAAAAAGAGCUAUGAACUCAAAAUACCUUUUAUAAAGAGCCAAAUACAGAUUAUAACAUAAAAAAAUAUAAAUGUCACUAUCAUCUGAGAAAAAAGCCAUUUACUUAACAUUUGGAAUAUCUUAAAUUUAAUUUACAGUCUUUACAAACUGUGUUUUGAUAUUUAGUUUUAUGGGUUUUUUUUUCAAUUUAAAUUAAAGCCUAGGAAAUUUUUUAUAAAUGAAGAUAAUUUGUACAAUAGUUUAUCAACAGCUAUUAAAAGUUAAAUUUUUCCCCACCUUCAAAAGUGAAAUUUAUCAAAAUCAUUUUUUAUUUGUUCCUGUUUUUUGUUAGAUAAUGCACUAUUUGAGAUUUUCAUUAGUUGCUCCUAAAGAUAUAAUUUUAUCUUGAUUCCUUUAAUAAAAUAGUUUUUAUCACAACAUAUGUGUUACUAUUUGUACCUUACAUCACUCUUUAGUUAACAUAAUGUGAUUAAUUAGCCUAAUAAAGUAACAACCAUGUUUAUGAGAUGAAAAAAAGAACCUUUCAUCAUUAUUAGAAUAAAAUAUAAUCAUAUUUUUUUGUAUGCUUCGUUGGUUUAAUAUAAGCUUCUGGGCACUCAACAACUAGUUGACAUAAGAAAUGUUUUAUUUUUUAUGCCAUUUUAUUGAAGUUUUUUAAACAUGAACUUUGUUUGUAAGGGUAGAAUAAAAAUUAUUAAAACUUCUAGGAAUCAGCAACUACUGAAGUUACAGAGAACUCAAACAAAGACAUCUACACACUUGAAGCGGUGGAUCCUGAUGCAAACAACAACCUGAGAUACUCGAUUUUGUGGUCAGCUAGCUCAGGUGUUAAUGGUGCUGGGCAAUUUGUUGAUGGAAGCUACUUGCAGGUACCAAGAACCAUAGCUGAAUUUUAUGCAAAUUUAACCAGUUUUUUUUUUUUAAAGUGAGAAUUUGCAUUAGAGUAGAAAGUAAAAAAAAUAAACAUCAAAAGUUGAAUGCUGUUUUAUACAUAGCUCCACUUAAGAGUUAUUAUAUGCUAUACAAGAUAUCUACUUUUAUAAUUUAAAUAUGUAUAAAGACUUGGGUUUAUGCUUUUAGAAUACAUAAUAUUUUAAUAAAACCAAUUAUAAUUUUCUUUCAGUGUGUAAUAGAUCAGACACAAAAUGUUUUAGCCUUCAAAAAAAAUAAGAACAAGAGAAAAAGUUUAAGAUGUUUAACUUUGCUGUUUUAUUUAAUGUUAGAAGGUUAUUACUGAGGAUUCAAACUCUAGCCCAUGUGAGCUGCAAGUUAGGGCCAAUCUCACAAACUUAACAUUAAAAUAAAGAAACAACUAACUUACAGCUGUAAGCUACUCAUGCAGUUGUCUGUGGGGUCUAAGGUUGAGACUUUUGUUCUUAAUAAACUGAUGUAAAUCAUUUUUUAAUUACGGUAUAUUUUUUACUUGUGCUGCUCUAGAAAUAUAUAGAUAUCAACAGCUCAAAUGGAACAGUGUAUCCUAAGCAAAAUCUAGACAGGGAAGUGGUACAAAGACUUCAACUGACACUUCUUGUGGAAGAUCUUAAUGGUUUACCAGAUACGCAACAAAAUGAUACUGGUAAAUUUAAUGGCAGAAAUUAGAUCUAUACAGAUUAGCUUACUGAUAAAUGAAAAUAAAUUAAUUCAGAUUUUCAGCACCAAAUCACAAUAUGAAAUAUUUUAAUUCAAAUACUCUUUUACUAGUGUUCCUCAAUUUCCCUCCAUUUCUAUUCUCAUUUUGUUGUUGUUCAAAAUCUAACAUUUUACUUUAAUAAUACUUAAAUUUUCUUACCUCACAUAAUCUCCUUGAUAGUGUGAACCACAGAAUUACGUGGUAAGCAUGCUUUGGUUUUGAAUGACUUAACUUCCAUUUCUAACAUAGAGAAUUUUUUAUUUCUAAUUCUAUUUUGAAUCUUUUUUUGUCUCAUCUGCUGAAGAAGGCAUCUAAUUUAGACAUCCUUUUAAUUAUCCCGUCUUUUAAUUUCAAUCCUCAACAUACUUUGGUCCACUAUUUCACACAGCUGAACACAGUCCCUCAUAUAUUAUCCUUACUGAUCAAAUAGGAGUAUCUAAGUAUUUUGAAAAAGAUGAUGUAUUGCUUUUGGAACUUUAAAUUAAUUUUUUGUACACUUUUAAAAAUUAAUUAUUCUCUGCUGAGUUAUUUUAUUUCAUGGAGUAUCUUCUUUUGUCUAUCUGCAGCCAUGUUAACUGUGGUAGUGAAGGAUGUCAAUGACAACCCUCCCAAAUUUGUGGGUGCUUCCAAGUUUGUGGCCACCAUCCAGGAGAACAUGCCAAAUGGCAGUGAAUUAAAGUUUGUUAAUAUUUCAGCCCUGACCAUAGAUGACCCAGAUGGUGUAAGUUAUUUUAGUCUUGAAUCUUAUAUUUGGUAGUUUUCUAUAGCAUUUGAAUCUUAUGACCAAAAAUAAUUGCACAAAAGGUAAUAUUAUUUUGUGUUACUUGGUAGUUGUUUUGUACUGUGAGCCUACCCUACUUACAUUGUGCAUUAUAUCAAUCAAAUGAAUGAAAUUUUGUUUCCUCUUUCAGGAAGGAAAUAAUAAUUAUAUAAUUGCUUUGACUGGAAGUCCAGCUUUUUUAAUCUCACCAACUCGAGGAGCUGGAAGAGUCUCCUGUGUUGUAACUGUUGCUGACUCCAGGGUAUUGGAUUAUGAAGCACAACAAAAUUUCACACUAACUGUAAGCUUCUUUAAAUAAACUUGGCCCCUUGUGUUGAAUUUUUGUGUUGAAGUCAGUUACUGGCAUGCUUAAGAGUUAUAUAAAGUUAAACAAAAAGUGUCUAUAUUGUUUUUAUAAAUUUUGCAACCAAGAAUUCCAAUAUUAAUAAUUUUCUUUUGACAAGCAAGGUGUGCUUUAUGGCUCCGACAUAAUAACCAAAAAGUAGUAGCUUCAAAUUCCAUCAAGGAUUGUUAAAAACUAUAGGAAAAUUGCAGGGAGGAAUAUUGUUGUAGGCUUAAUAAGACAACUAUUUUGAAUGAAUAUCCAGAAUGAACUAAGUCAGAAGACAUCAACUAAUUAGGUGUGACAUUAAAAGUUGUGUGACUAAAAAUAAUUAACUGUAGUCAAUGUAUAAUGUGGCAAAGUUGACCCAAAAAACCCCCACCGCAACAGAGUUAGAAGACAAUCACCUUUCUAACUAUAAUUUUUCAUUUAGUAACUUAAUCAAAUAAAUAUUUAAAAUCACCUUAUUUAGCUUAUUUAUAAUGAGCUGGGGCAUAGAAUUUCAUCCCGUCAAGUUCCAGACCCUGUCAGUCUCCAGAAGCAGAUCCCCUCUGCACCACCCUUACGAAUUGCAUGGCCAUAUUCUUAAACCAGUUUCCUUGGUAAGGUACCUCAGUGUUAUCAUUCAAAGAGUGGUCCGCUGGGACGAGCACAAUAACAAUGUGUACAACCGGGCAAACAAGGCCCUGGGGUUCCUUGAGGUGACAUCUGAAUAUCGGCAACUCAAAUUGGAAAUAAAAGGCAUAUAAAGCCUUUGUCGGGCUGUUUUAGAGUACGGAUCUUCAGUCUGGGACCCAAUCACCAGAAAAAACAUUGACAGUUUGGAUGCGGACCAGUGACGGGCAGCAUGCUUUGUCCUGAACCGCUACAGCAACACCUCAAGUGUUUGCAGCUUGCUGGAAACACUGGGCUGGUCACCACUGGAGGAACGACAACAACUAUCCAGGCUCUCCAUGAUGUACAAGAUAAAAAAUGAGCUGGUCCAAUGCUCCAGCAUUAAACAGAAACUCGUCUCUCUCCCCUUAGACAGUGACGAGGCCAUGACAGGCAGUUCCGGUUCAUAAAAACAAGAACUCAGCAUAGGAACUGCUCAUUUCUGCCCAAGACAAUACGGGACUAGGACAAGCUUCCAAAAGCAACAGUUGAGGUGACUACACUUGACACGUUUGAGUCUAUUGCCUCCUGUCUUCCAACCCCCAGUUCAUAAUACCAUUGCUGAGUAGCCCUUACAACCAGUGAAGUAUCAUCCCCUUCAAAACCAUGCACAGUUACAUCACAAAUUCCUCUGAAAUAUAGGAGCCAGAAUGAUCAAUACAUUGAUCGUGGGCCUUCAAAAUAUAGAAGAAGAAGAAAUAGGAGGUGUUCAGUACAUCUGUCAAAGAGGCGGCAUCCUGGCUCACCUGGAUACUGCAUCUGGCAGCGGGUGCAAACAAUGGCUGGUACAAAGGAAACCGUCCCUUAUCUGAAAACUGUCCUCAGGGAGGGGAAUGUGUUGAGUGGGUGACAAAAGGGCAAGUGCUGCAACAGCUGCAUCCACAUGAUGUGGUCCCAAAGCGUGAGAGGGAACCGCUGAUGUGGUUACACACAACGACAUCUCACAGAUUCUUGUCACAUCUGAAAACAAUGAGAGGCAGUGAAGAGAAAAUGUCGUGGGUGUCAGGGUUGGAAACAAGAACGGGUUUAAAAGAACAAGUUUGGCUAGGAGAUCAUGAUGAUAUGUGAAAAUAAGUUUGAUCCUAUUCCCAUUGUCAAAGGCAUCAGCAAUAUUUUUAACCUUUUGAAGGGCUGAUGAAAAGACUAGCUCCGGAUAUGACCUACAUCAAAAAUAGUCAGUCAUCUCAGUGCCUUGUCCCAAAAGUCAUCCUCAGACUGGCAAAAUUGAAAAAAGGGAAUCUUUUUAGGAUUUAGGGUCGAAAGAAAAGUAGAGUAAAUAACUCUAAAUAAAUAAUUUACCAGUAAUUUAAAGUAGAUAGAGGUGAGUAGGCUGUCUUUGUGUAGGGUGACUGUAAUGUCCAAAAAAGUUAACUGAGGUCUCAGAGGCUCAGAGACCAUUGAUGUGAAUUUAAUUGAGGGGUGGAAAGAACAAACAGCAAAGUUUAUGAAUAGAUCAGGUUCACUCAUCUCCAUAGUGGUGACCUCAAUACCAUUAUCAAUGUACCUUUUGUAAAAUUCAGGGAGGCGUCCAGUGUAGAUUUUAUUCUAUCAUGUGUUUGAAAUAUCCCAUGAACAAACAUGCGUCACAUUUAGUCCCCACAGCAAUAUUUCUAAUUUGGUCUAAUAAUUGAAAUGAAACGGAAGUCUCAAGGAACAAAAGAAGCAGUAGAAAUCUGAAAGUGUUUGGUAGAGAUCACAGGAUGAUUUAGGGUGAAUAAAUUUAAGACCUUUAGGGAGAUGUGACCUUUCGUCAUUAAAGAAUGGGAGGUCGGGGGGAUGUUGCAUAUGACUAAGUUGUUACCAGUGACUCUUUGAUGAGGUUUUAAGCUGUUGGUGGGCUUAGGCUUAAGUUGUCAAGUUUUUAAUUUUCUUGUUACAGUUCUAUGAACGAAUUUUAAAAUGUGUCAUUAGUUCAUCUUCCAUUCUUUAAAUUGUUUUCUUUUAAAAUGUCAGGUUACAGCCUCAGAUAUUCAUGAUGUGUCAAUGAACAGUACAAUCACCAUUACAGUUGAGCUAAUAAACGAAAAUGAUAACAUACCACAGUUUGUGGGUGCCCCUUACAUAGGAAAUAUUACUGAAGGAUCUAAAGAAAACACCAUUGUGACAACAAUCCAUGUAAGCACAACUAUAUUAUACUUGUCUGGUUUAAGAUUAAUUCCAAUGUAAAUAUUUUUACACAAUUUAUUUUUAUCAUCCAAAAGUGCUAAUUUGGAUUGACAGUUUCAUUCCUGAUCUUCCAUAAUGUCAAAAAAUAAACUUUCAUCAUCAGCAUAGCUUUCCAAUACGGACACAUCUAUUAGUCACGUAGGUAAUGAUAAUCAAUCUAAGCUUCAUUGGAUCAUCUCAAAUGCUCAACUGAACAUAUCAGAACAAGACUCUCUCUUAAAUCAUUGCACUACUCAGAUAGACCUCUUUUUUUCAUUCUGUGACAUGCCAGUGACCCCCUUUAGAUAAUUUACUAGUGUUCACUUAGACAUUGUAAACUGUAGUUAGGAGUCCUCAUGUUGAAGUUGUUGAUUAAGGUUCAUACAUGUUUGUGUUGACGACUUCACUGAUGCUAUACCAGUGUCUAUUUUAAAAAUGUUGACCCUUGACUUGAGAUGGUUACUUCAUGCUUACAUUAUGUUGACUCACUUGUGAAUUCUUUUACUGUUAUAUGUUUUUAUAACAUAAUGCCAAUAUUCAUUAUUAAAAAUUGUGUUUCGUUCUUAUCUUCUAUUCCUUAUUGUUUAUUCUUGAAUAAUGUUACAAUAUUUUGUAUAUCACAUUUUAUCGAGCUGUUAUUACAAAAAUUAUUUUAAAUAAUUCUUAACACUUUAUAAGGAAUUAAGUAAAGCUGACAAAAAAAAGAUUCAUUAUGCAAACAAUUGAUUGAAGAUAUUAUUAUAAAUUUACUAUGUUACCUUAUCUAUUUAUUCAGGCUAACGAUUCAGAUCUUGGGGCUUUUGGGAAAGUGAAAUAUUCUCUAAAAGAUGAUAAUAAGAGGUAUGUUUUAGAGAUUGUUCAUUAAAUUUGUUUUCCAUUUGUUUUAUGUUUGCUACAGCUUUACCAAAUUAAAUAAUUUGUGACUUUUUUCUUUUAAGGUUUGCAAUUAAUGAGAUCUCAGGCUUGGUUUACUCAUUGGUCAGUGACCUAGAUCGUGAAGCAACCCCAAGUUAUACUGUAACUGUGACAGCAACAGAUCUGGGAAAUUUUACGGCCAUGUCACAGCUGACCAUUUACCUGCUGGAUGUUGAUGAUGAGCCUCCUGUAUUUACACAAUCGGAAUAUAAUAUGGAAAUAUCAGAAGGUUCAAGCCAAUUUGUAUCAGGAUUUAUAGUACAUGUGAGUUCAAUUGCUUAUUCAUUUUAUUCUCAUUGCAUUGAAAUCUAGGUCUAUAUAACUUACAUUUUUUUAAAAUAACAAAUGUUUAAUUUUUACUUUAUACAUUAACAUUGAAUAUUAUAGUGCACAUACUUAAAAUUUUGUUAAUGAACACAACACAGUUUAUGGAAACAAAUUAUUUGUGAUACAUAAUUUUAAGUAGAUUAAUUCCAAAGAAAACAAAAUAAUUUUCAAUUAUAAAAUUUAUUUUUUAAAAUAUCUUGCAACAGAUAAAAUAAAUAAAACUCUUUUCAACCAGGAGUUGGUCUUAAUGUUAAGUGGGGUUUCUUUUAUUUAUUUCUUAGGCCAUGGAUAGAGAUGAGCCUAGUACACCAAACAGUGAUGUUAGGUACUCUCUACUCGAUGAUGGACAGCGCUUUUAUUCUAAUCUCAAAAUAAAUGAAACAAGUGGUGAAGUUGGCAUUAAAACUCCACUUGAUUUUGAAGAUAUUCCUGGUGGAGUUUUUUCUCUGACUGUUCAGGCUCAAGACCAAGGAACACAUCAUUUAAAUACUACCAGCAAAAUCACUGUAAAAGUUACAGAUAUCAAUGACAAUUCUCCAAUGUUUAAUCAAACCCACUAUAAAUAUAACAUUAGUGAGAAUGCCAGUGUUGGUAAGUAGAUGUGCUGAAAUAAUUUCUGAAAUUAAAUAUUAAUAGUAGUUUCUUUUAAACAUAGAAAAAAAAGUAAAAUGAUUGUUUUUAAGAAAUCAAAGAUACCUGAGAUUGAAGAGAAGGAGAAAUAGGCGUGAACAAAUUUUUCUUGAUAGUUUUUAAUAGUGUUUAUAUUUAAAACUUUUGAAAAUUGACAUUUGAUAUACCAUUUAAAUUUAACAUCUGAAGCCAUUUGUUUUUAGACAUUCCAGUAUACAUGGAGGGAAAAUAAGUUCAGUUUAAACCAGGCAUGAUAGUGUAACAAUCUUUCAGUUAAUUUUUAUUCUUGGUAAUGUAAAUCAGUUAUGUUUGUAAAAAUAUAGGCCAGCUAUAUUCCUGGAGUCUUUUAUGUUCAACACAUUUAUAAGUUGAUUAUUGUGUCAUUAAAACUUCUCAAUGAUAUCAUAUCUGAACAGAACUUAAACCAUUAAAAAAAUAUUAUGAGUUAUAAUAAUUAACUUUUAUUUUUAAGUGUAAUUUUAUGUCUAUUAUAUAAUUGAACUAAUGCUCCCUUUGAAAUUUUUGCUAUACAUUCUUUUAAAGUUUUAAUAUAACCAGGGACUCUUCUAGAUGAAAACAUUAUUCAUUCAUGCUUUUUAACCUGCAUUGACAUGGGAUAUCCAAAAGUGUUUUAAAUUCAUCCAGGUCCUGUGCUUUCCUUUAUUGUUGGUUAUAGGUGUAUCCUAUCCUUUGAGUGUCUGCCUAUAGUUAAUUUCUUCAUUUAUUUUUAGAUUAAGAAUUUCAUUGGCCUAUUCGUUAAGUAAUCCUAUAUUUCUUGGGAAUUUUUUAAAGUGUGGUAGUAUGACAAAAUAAAUAUAAUUAUUAAAAAAAAAUUUUUUGCCCUAUUAAUAUCCAAGCUUUCUGAUUGCUUUAUUUUAAAAUAUUUUUUCUAAUAAUUAUGCCUUGGUUGUGGUUACUUAUUUAAUUUAAUUUAAAUUUAUCACAGUGCUUUUUAAAAUUGUGUAUCAACAUAAACAUUGAUUAUUACAUCUUUUCAUUCAAGACAAAAGUUCUUUGAAAGUUUCAAAGAAAUUAGCAAUUUAUUACGUUAUUAGAUUUGCCUGUUGUAUCAGAUCUGAUCAAAUGGAAUUAACUACAAUAUUAUUUGUACUGUAUAUUUGCUCAUUAAAAUGAUCUGAGCUUUAUAUUGUAAGAUUGUAUUUUUCUAAUUACUCUAUUUGGCUAAGAUCUCAAUUAUAGCCCAUCUCAUGAUUUUUUUUUACAAAUUAUCUUGAAAUGGAUCUGAAACAAAAUAAUUGAUGUAAAAAUCUUUUAUAAAAAUUAAUUUAAAAUACCAUUAAAUAUGAUUCUAAUGUUUUUGUUAGGGGACUUUGUUGGUCAGGUCAAUUCAAGUGAUUCUGACCUUUCACAUGAGAACAACCAGGUGACGUAUGUGAUAGAUGUCCUCAGUGCUAAUAAAUUUGAAAUAGAUACAAAAGGGAUUAUAAGCGUAAAAGAAAAACUGGACAGAGAACAGACUGACCAUUAUAACAUCAUAGUUACAGCACUAGAUAAUGGUCAUCCAACAUUAACAUCCACUGUAACAGUCACUGUCAGCUUACUGGAUGUCAAUGACUCACCACCACAGUUUACUUGGGUAGGUACAUUUCUUUUUCUUUGUCAUGUUCAUAACUUUAAUAUUUAAAUUAAUAUAAUUAUAUAUUUGAUGCUUAUUUAAUAGUCCUCUUUUAAUCACACUGAAAACACUUGCCUCUCAAAUAUGGGGCUACAGCUAUUAAUCUGCUUAUAAAAUAAAUAGCUCACUAACUACACUACUUAACACCAAAUAUGUAUUAUCCAAAAGUAUCUGGGUUUUUUUUUGUAUUCACUGAGGACAAAUCAAAAUCAAAUUUAUUUAUUACUAUAAAGGUUCUAAGCCAAAAAAAAAUAUUUAAAAAAAUUUAUAUUCUGCUAUGGAUUUUCGGAUUUAAUGUUAAACAAAUAAUGUAUUAAUUUUAUUGAUAAGGACAUUGAUUUGGUUUCAUUUCAUGAGGGAAAAUUUGGUUUAUUUUACCUUUCAUAAUAAAGCUUUAACAAAAUAAAUAUCAUUACUAUUUGUAUUAGAAUUUAAAAUAAAAACCAACUUGUCAUUAAUUGAAAUCAUCUUUGUUUUUCAUAGCACUCGGCGACUAAGUCUGUCAAAGAAAAUUCUAGGGUUCUUUUAGCUUUUAACACAGCUUCCGAUUUAGAUGAAAUUCCUGCACUUGUUUAUUCUAUUUUGUGGGAUGAAAGUUCUGGAGUUGAUGGUGAUGGGCAGUAUCUUGAUGGCAAUGUGUUGAAGGUAAUUUGAUGAAAUAGUGAAUAUUUGCAUGAAUUUUGCUUAGGCCAAUCAAAGUUGGACAAAAUACUUAAAUGAUGUGCCAAAAUUUCUAGGUGCUAUUUAAUUUUAAGAAAUAAUUGCCUUAAAAUUAUUAUUGAAUCCCAGAAUCACAUCAACGUAGAAAAAACAACUGGCAACAUUUAUCCUAUCCAGACACUGGACAGGGAGGCCACUCAGAGGUUUCAGCUCAUCUUACUUGUCACUGAUAGUAAUGCUGUCGGUUCACCCCAAAACGAUACAGGCAAGGAUUUUUUUUUAAAAUUUUGUUUUAUCUUUAAUAUUUAUAAAUUUCCUGCAAUAACAAUUGUAAGAUACACCCAAAGCAGGACAGUUACUAGAUGGUAUAAAUUACAACAACUGUUAGUUUGAUACUUGUAUCAAGCAAUUGCUGUGACUGUGUCUUUUUAAGACAAAAUUGCAUUGCAGAAUGUCUUAUUAUUUAAUACAGCUGGUAAUAUUAUUCUAAACCAUUUCCUAUGUGAGAGUUUGGCACAUGGCAGGAUAGUUACUUUAUGUAACAAGCUCAAAUUGAAUGAUGAUAAGACUGAGCUGAUCCCCAUCGCGACCCCUCAGAAGCAAAAAUCUGCAAAUAACAUGACAUCAAUUACUCUCUCAGGUGUGCAUAUUGAGUUAGCUCAAACAGUGCAUUACCUGGGUGUCUACCUAGAUAGAGGACUAACUUUGGAAAGUCACAUUAACAUGCUGUGCAAGGCGAUUUUUCUAGAGCUGCGCAGGAUUAGUCACAUCAGGCCCUUCUUAACAAUUGAUGCAACAAAGAGGCUGAUGUCUGCAUUUGUGCUAUCACGCAUGGACUAUUGCAAUGCUCUCAUGGUGGGUCUUCCAGCUAUGCUCCUGGAUAAAAUUCAAAUAGCACAGAUUAAUGCGGCUCGCAUUGUUCUUUGUAAACCCAAGUUCGACCAUUCUAAAACACUUCUGAGAGAGUUGCACUGGCUGCUGGUGCGUGCUUGCAUAGAGUACAAAAUUGCAACUUUGUGCUACCGCUGCUUACAUGACCUGGCGCCGUCCUAUCUGAAAGAGCUGCUGACGCCUUAUGUACCCACUAGACAACUCCGCUCAUCCGAUAGUGGCAAACUCUCGACACCACGUGUUUGCCUUGAGACUUACGGAAAGCGCACGUUUGCAUUUGCUGGUCAAACAAUUUGGAACACCCUUCCUGUCGCUCUCAGAAACAACCAGACACUGGAGUCCUUUAAAACUGAUUUAAAGACACAUCUAUUUCGCAAACACUUUCUGGGAUGAUUGUCUACUAUAUCUUCCAUUUAUUGCAUAUUAGCUGUGUUGCUUAGGGUUGAAAUGGGUAGAAUGACUUUAACUUGGCAUGCUUGUAAUUAGUUUUGUAGUGUUGCGUUUGUUUUAAAUGUGGUAAAUAAUAGAUUGUUGACUUUGUACCGCGCUUGGAGCUUUUGGGGAUGAAGCAUGUUUUUCAAAUAAACUUUAUUAUUAUUAUGUAUAUUCACUAGUUGGAUACUGUAGUAUCAUUGGCUUAUAAGCACAUUGCAGUAUGUGUAACCAGAAGGAUAUAAUAUAAGAGUUAGUAUAUGCUCACAUACACACUGGUAUCUAAUUCCAUCUAAUCUAAGAAUUCAGUGGACACUUGUAUGUUCAGCCAUCACUAUAGCAUGUUUACAAGUCAAAUUGAUGGAGCUAGGUAGUGAUUAAAACACUGCCUAAGAGUGAUGAAUAGAAAUCUUCCAUUACUAACCAUAACAAUUGCAUUCUACAAAUACAGAAAUAUAAAUGCUUCAAUGCUUAUACUUACAAAGAUUCCAAAUGUACAGAUGAACGAUGGAGCUCUUUAGGGGUAUGAUUAAUACUUUGAAUGCAAAAACAAAUUGGCGCACACACUAUAAAUAAACCUAUCAGGGAGCAUCAACGUCACGCAUUGAAUAGGCUUCUGGCAGAUUUCCUGAAGUAAAUUGACAAUUCCUAGGGACUAAAACCAAAUGAAAAUGUCGAAAUCCUGGACCAAAACCCAGAAGACAUACAUGUGUUUGAUCAUGUUUUGUCUCUGCUAUCUAAGAUACACUUUAAUUAUAGUUAAAUGGUCUUUGAGAUAUUUUAAAUAAAAGAGGUUGGGACCCCCAUGGAUGAAUGUGAAAACUCCCAUAAUUACUUAAUAUUACAAUAUCCUCCAAAUAUAAUAAUAAUAAUAAUAAUAAUAAAGUGUAUUUCAAAAACACGCUUCAUCCCCAAAGGCUCGAAGCGCGGUACAAGAAAAAAAAAAAAUCUAUAAUUUACCACAUUUAAAACAAACACAACACUACAAAAACUAAUUACAAGCAUACAAUGUCAAAGUCUUUCUACCCAUUUCAACCCUGAGCAACACAGCCAAUAUGCAUUAAAUGGAAAAUAUGGAAGACAAUCAUUGUUUAAUCAAAUAAAUGUGUCUUUAAAUCGGCUUUAAAGGACUCCAGUGUCUGAUUUUCUGAUGCUAAGUAUAGAGAUUAAAAUCCCCUUUCUGACAAGAUAUAACAAAAUACCCUGUAAAUUUUUGAACUUAUGCAAAAGGCACAAAUUUUAAUAUUCUAAGUGGUGAGGGUGGAACCAUUCAUGCAAUGUUGUGGUAGCCUAACCCCAGGUUAAAUUCCACCUUUCAAAAUAUACUACUGUUUUCAAUCAUUUAAUGUUUUAUAUUUCAGCUAAUAAAAACUCAUAAUGAUUCUCUUUAAAUGUUUAGGGCAUUAAUGUAAAUAGAGGACAUAUCUGCUUUUUCUGAAAAUGCAACUCUGUUUUGUCUAUUAGCAAUAGUUUCAGAUAGCAAUAUGAUGGGGGUUAUGUCAUUUGUAAUUAAAAUGUUUAAAUUAUUUUCAAUGCAAGUAUAGGUAUAUCAAAGGUUUAAACAAAAAUGGAGUUGGGGUUAAGGGGCGAUAAUUUGAUCCAUUUAUUUAUAUAGACUAUUUCACUCAUUCUCAUCCUCAUUAAAUGAAAAUAAGAAACUAAGAAAUAAAUUAGCCUAAAUGGAAAGUGUAUUUUUUCUAAUAGCUAUGCUGACAGUAAUAGUAGAGGACGAAGAUGACAACUCUCCCCAUUUUGUGGGUGGUAACAGUUUUCAAGCCAGCAUACAAGAAAAUAUGCCAGCUGGUACUGAAGUUAAAUUGGCCAACAUUUCAGGUUUAACUAUUGAUGAUCCUGAUGCUGUAAGUAAUAUUGUUUCAUUUAAACAAGAAUUUAGAACUAAGUUAUAGAAAACAUAAUAAGGAACUAAAUAUGUUUUGAUUUUUACAAAUAAAAUACAAAUCUAUGGUAAAGUUGAUUUUAUAUUAUUUUUAAAAAAAAAUGUUUGAUCUCUAUCUAAAAGAAAAUGCACAUAAUUGCAUUAUAAAACAUUCUAAAGUUAAGUUAUAUAUUAAUAAAUAAUAUUAUAAAGUCAUUAAGUUCAUCCAACUAAAGCUUCAAAGAAAGCAAGAUCCACCUUCUUGCCAUGAGUAGUUCCUGAAACCCUUUCUCCUGAGUGCAAGCAUAGGUAUGGAAAUUAAAUUUAUUUUAAAUUUUGUAAGCAUGUCAAUUAUGAAAUAAAAUUGGAAUGUAAAUAAAGGACAUUUAAUUUCAAACAGUUUGGCAACAAUAGGUACAAUAUAACUUUGGAAGGAAGUCCUGCUUUUACCAUCACUCCUUCCUAUGGUGAAGGCAAAACAGUGUGUCUAAUUUCAGUCGCAGAUGCUGGUUUACUAGACUAUGAAAAGCAUAGGAGUUUUCAUCUGAAGGUCAGAUAAUUAUAAAUCAUUUUUAACCUUAUCUUUAAAUAAAAGUAUUUGUGUGUACAUUUUUUAAUAUGAAUUAAGCUCUCCAGAAUUCCAAAUUAUUUCAUAUUUAUCAAUUUCUUAUUUAUGUAUAGCUUCUCUUUGUUCAUUCAUUUUUAUUUAAAAAUUAAGAUUCAAUUUAAGGUUAAAGAUAUUUUAUUCUUAACAGGUAACUGCUACUGACCACAGCUCGACCAAACUUCAAAGCAAUUCUGCCAACAUAUUUAUACAAGUUCUGAAUGAAAAUGACAAUAUUCCAGAGUUUCAUGGUUCACCAUUCCAUGCUAGCAUUUCUGAAGACAGUACAAAUCACACCAGCAUUAUAAAAAUUAAUGUAAGUUAGCCUAUGUCUGCUACAGAGGAUAUUUUCUCUGGUACCAAUAUAAUAUCACAAUAAUACAAUUUGUAUCUUUAUUGUCAUUAAACUGGUGAUUUGUUGAAAAAAAAUUACCCUCAGAAAAUGUUUUGUGUGUGACUUAAUAUUUAUAAAACACACCUACUGAUAAAAAAAAAAUGAUUCUUAUCAAUAUUCAUUAUUAACUUUGGUAUGAAGAGUCAAGUUACAGGUAUUGCAAUUUUUGGAAUAGUAUUUCAAACAUAGGCAACAAACAAAAGUGAAAUAUAGCUUUUUUAAACUUUGGACAUAUUUAUUUUUUUAAAUUAACCAAAAGGUAAAAUAAACUCCACAUUGAAAGGUACCUAAUGUUUUAAUGGAGGACGGCUUCACUUAUAAACGCUUUCUACUCUCGUUCUUAUCUUCUGCCAUCAUUGCUGCUCAUUAGUGACUAGUUCUUGUGAGACUGUUAUUUCUUUAUCAGAUUAUAACAUUUUCAAAUCUUAUUUAGUUCUAAUUGAAAAAAUUGAUUCUAGCUUUGUUCAUGUCAAUAUUCAUCUAUUCAUCAGGAUUUGAUAAAUGACAUAUAUUCAGGUUCCUUUAUAAUAAUUAACACUUUGAUCUUCUUGAUUUUUCUUUGUUAUAGAUGUAAUUUUUUAUCAUUUUGGGUUUGAUGUUAUUUUUCUCUCUUCAAUCAAGGCCACUGACAAAGAUUUAGGACGUUUUGGGGCAUUGUCAUUUUCUAUUAAGGAUGACUCACAUAAGUAAGUGUUGGCUAUGAAAAGAGAUUAGUCAAAACUACAUUUGACUAAAUAGAACUUUAUUUAAACCCAUUGAACUAUAUUUAAAAUAUAAAUCUAUCAUCCAUCCAUCCCUGUGGCACUACAGCCAUGGCCUGCCUCACCACUUCCUUCCACUCAGACCUAAAUAAUGCUUUUCUCUUCCAUGCUUGGAUUCUCAUCCACUGUAGUAGAUCUUUUUCUGCAUCAUCCGUCUAUCUAAGCCUAGGUCUGCCUUUGAGCCAUUUUCUCUGGAGUUUUAGUGGUGCACCCUCUGUUCUCCUCAUUCAUUUGGCAUUCUAUCUAAGUGUCCCGCCCAGCGUAGCCUGCCCUUUUUUUUAUUUCUGGUACUAGUAUGGGAUCCUGAUAUAGAAUAUAAAAUGUCAAUUUUAAUAUAAUAAGCCUAACCAUAUAUCUUUGAAAACUUCUUCCAGUUUUGGCAUUAACAGUUCCACGGGGGAUGUGUAUUCAAUAACUAGUGGGUUUGAUCGUGAGGUUACACCAAGUUAUAUAUUGACUAUCACAGUCAGAGAUGGAGGAAAUUUUAUAGCCACUACGCAACUGACUAUAAAUGUAGCUGAUGUUAAUGAUGAGACUCCCUCAUUCACACAAGCCAAUUAUAAAGUGACCAUUGAUGAAAAUAAAAAAUAUUUUUUACCAGGAUUUUUUGUGCAGGUGAGCAUUUCCCUUUGAUCUUAAUUAAAGUGCAAGUAGAAACUAGAUUUUCUUGAUACAGUGCAGCAUACAAUAUUUAAAAGUAAUGCCAAUUAGUCAUUAUAUAUAUAAAAUUAACAAAACAAAAUUUUAAUGUAAUAAGAUAUGGUGCUUUUUAAAAUAAAGUUAUCGGAAGUAAAUAUAUUUUGAUGUUCUCUCUAGAUAAAGUCAUUUUUUAAAAUUUAAGCACUCCAAAAUAAUAUUUUUUGUAUUUGAAAUAUUUUUAAAAAAAUUGUAGAAAUUUUACAUAUUUUAUUUGUAAAAACCUAUAUGGUUUCCCCUUUUCCAGGCUACAGACAAAGAUGAGCCAAACACCCUCAACAGUAAUAUUACAUACAGUUUGGUCAAUGCAGGAAAAAACCCAGAGUCAAACUUUAGAAUUAAUGAUAUAACUGGAGAGCUGUAUCUGAAGGAAUCACUAGACUAUGAAAAACUCAACCAGACUUAUAGAGGAGGUAUUGCUCUCUUUGUUGAAGGCAAAGAUCAGGGAGUGCCACCCAAAUCUGGCACAGCUGUUAUUACAGUCACUGUUGUAGAUGUUAAUGACAAUUCUCCACAGUUUAUCUCAAGCAAUGGACCCUUCAUAAUAUUGGAAAAUGUUACCUUGGGUAAGUAUAUUGUAAAGUAAAUGGCAAUAUUUAUGAUCUUAAAUGAAAGUAUACAUAAAUUCCUUCAGCAAUAACAGGACAAAAUGGGGUCGGCAGAAAUUUUAUAUAAAUAUUAUAAAUGACAGGUAUUACUUUAUUACAUUUACAUAUGGACAUUAGCAGUAAUAUUUUUGUUUCAUUUUGUCAUUAAGAGAAUUGUCAUUAUGUCAGAUUUGUGUAACUCUUUCAGUCACAGCUGGGAGACUUAUAUAAGUAAUAUUACUAAAAACUAAAGGACUCACAUAAUUAUAUUUUCCUAAUAUUUUUCUGACAGAUUCAUAGAUACUAAAUAACUUUUACAAUAGUUUAUUAAAAUUUAUAUUAUUUCUUCUUGUGUCUAGUGAGUAGUUAAGUAAUAUUAGCAGGUUCACUGCAUUUGCCCAGGAAUUUUUAGAUGCAUAGAAAAAAAUUAUUAAAUAAAUCUGAAAGGGAUUUACUUUAUGUUUAAUAAGAAACAUUGCUUACUUCCAGUUAAUGAAAGCUAAGAACAUAUAAAAAAAGGUAUAAAAAACAGAUCAAAACAAAAAUUGUAGGAACAUUCAAAAAGUUUAUUGAAAUUAAUAAUUUAUUUAAUCUUAUUUUGAAAAAACCAGGACACCAUGUUGCCCAGAUUCAAGCCAGAGAUAACGAUACUUCACCAAGUAACAACCAAAUAACAUAUAUGAUAGAUAUUCUAAGUGCUAACACAUUUAACAUAGAUAACACAACAGGGUGUAUCACAGUUAAAGGUCAGUUGGACAGAGAACAGAUUGACCACUAUGACAUCAUAGUUACAGCACUGGACAAUGGUAAUCCACCACUAACAUCUACUGUAACAGUCACUGUCAGCUUACUGGAUGUCAAUGACUCACCACCACAGUUUACAUGGGUUGGUGAACAUAUUUUCUUUACAUAAUAAGUGUACACAGAUUUUUAUCAGUUUUAAAACUUCUUACUUUAGACUACUUUUUAAAACAUGAAGUAAUGUUUUUUCUAAAUUACAUUUAAUAUAAUGAAUUGAUGUUGUGCCACUUACUGACUUUUGCCUAAUGAUCUAGUUGAGGAAUAAAUAAGCAGAAUUAUGAAAACUAAUACCUAUGGGAAUUAUUUAUUUCAUUAAAAAUAAUUGGACAUUUUACAAAGCUGAUGGCCUUUUGUCAAUGGUCUGUUUGAAAUGAUCUUUGUUUUUUUUUGGGUGUGGAUUCAAUUUAUUUUUAGAUAAAAAAUGGCAACGAAAAUGUUGUUCUUGAAUUGUGUCUUUUAACCCCAAUAGUUAUAAAGCAAUUUUUUUCUAAUUCCGUGAAGCAAAGGACAUAAAUUCAAGUAGACUUGAAAUACCCGUUAGUUUUAAAAAAAAAUGUGGGUACCUCCUUAAAGUUUAGUCUGUUGAUUUUAGCUAUCCAAAAAUGUCCAUAACUGGAGAGAUGGCUAAUAGUGUUUGCUUAAAUUUGAAAAUUAUGGAAUUAAAAUUAAAAGUAAAUAAUUAAUCAAGCUUUUGUUAAUGUUUAUACUUUAUGUAAAAUGGAACAAUAUAAAUAUUUCUGACUUUGGGAGGUUGGCAUGUAAGCCUUAGUGUAUUUAUAUUUUCUUUCUUUCACAAGAAUUGAUUUAUAAACUGUUUAUAUCAAUUGUAAAACUUGAAUUCAACCAUCCUAAAUUUUCAGGACACAAGGACAGUAAACAGUAGAGAAAACGUCAAAGCCAUGAUAGGAGUUGACAAGGCCACAGAUCAUGAUCUUGACAAGGAUUUAUUUUACUCCAUUGUCUGGUCUGAGAGUUCAGGCAUUGAUGGGGUCGGCAGAUAUGCCAAUGGAUCAAAAUUACAGGUUAGUCAAAUAAAUCAUCUCGUUUUAUUUGGUAUUUCUUCAUAAGCCUUUUUAAUAAAACUGUCACUGUAGUGAACAAUAUUUUGAAUGCAGAAAAAAACAAAAAAUCAAGCCUUCUGAAGCUAAAAAUAUGUUGUCCAUCUAUUUGAUUUCUGAUUACAACAACAUUUAUCUUUAUUUUCUUUGUAUUUCAGAAAUACAUAGGAAUCAAUGCCACAAGUGGUGAAAUUUUUGCUAUAGAAAAUCUUGAUAGAGAGGCCAUACAACGAUUUCAACUGACUUUGAUGGUGGAGGAUAGAGCAGCAGUAGGACAACAACAAAAUGAUACAGGUAGAGCUUGUUCUGUACAUGGAGGAAUGUAGAUUGUAUGAUAUUGCACUCAAUGAAAAUUCCUUGCAACACCCCUGGUACCUUAUUGUGUCAACCAUAAACUGCUCCCCUGUAACCACAGGCUUUGUACUUUUGCCAAACUCUCUUCCAGCUAAAAUUACACAAUUGUAUCUUUACCAAUUUAUAGUUUGAACUAACAUUUUAAGAAUAUACCCACCUAUUGGAUAAUUUUUUUUUCAUCCGAAACUGUACAUUUUUAACCAUGGCUGCAGGCCAAAGUGCACAGGCCGAAAUGGCCACUUGAUCUGAAUGAUGAUGAUGAAGAACUCAAAACUUUCAAAAUAUUACUGAAAAAGCAUUCCCAGUAAUAACAUUCAGAACAAUAAAAUAAGAAGGCCAAGAAAUAAUUUUCAUUUCAGUGCUUCAUUUAAAAUACUUUUUAAUUUUUAAACUAGUUUUUUUAAAAAUAUUCUAUUAAUUCAUGUUAUGAAAAUAGCGAUUUGAAAUUAUAAUGUUAAAGCUAAAUGAUUCAUAUAGGAUGGGUGCUUACCAUGUAGAAGAAUGCAUAGCUUUGAUGCUUUGAAAAAAAUAUUGUUGUCAGUCCACAUCUCAAGAAUAUAUUUUAUUUUCUGACCCAUUUAAGCCUAAUGAAUCAUUGCACAAAGUUUACAAUACCAAAACCCAGGUUUUCUUGCUUAUUUAGAAUACCAACCACAUUUUGUUGUUAAUUUAACAAUAACCUUUUUCUGCAUACUUUCUACACAGCCAUUUUAACAGUCAUCAUUGAGGAUUCUAAUGACAAUUCUCCUGUGUUCUUGAAUGGAAAUAACUUCACAGCUAGGAUAAGAGAAAACAUGCCUAUAGGAAGUGAGGUUAAAUUUCAGAAUGUGACAGCCCUUGUAGUUAAUGAUGCAGAUGAAGUAAGUCACAUAAAAUUAUAAAUGUAAAUAAACUUUUUGAGUUUUACUUAAAUUUCUCAAUAGGUAUCUCUUCCAUGGACAUGAUUUGAAUUUAUUUUAUAUCUAAAUGACUAGCGUAAAGCGUUUUCAUUUAUUUGAAUUAGACUGGUUGGAAAAUGAGAAAUAGGGAAAUAAAUCUGUUGAAAAUAUUUCAAAUCCAAAAAUGGCAAGUUUAAAUUAAACCUAAGCUUGAAGAAUUUUAGAGAGAAGGAUGAGAUUGAGAGGCAUUUAAUUUAGAUAUAAAAACAUCCCUCUUUAUUGCUGAUUAGGAAAGUAAUUUUUGAAUGGUGUAUUUGUUUAUAUAUUACUAGAACUCCUCUCUUAACUCAAUUAUAUAUAUAUUAUCAUGCCAUCUGUUAACUCCACUUUAUUUCCUUAUCAGAUGUAAGAAUGGAAGGUAAUAAAACUCAUAUUUUCUUUCAGGGCAUCAACAGCGUGUAUAAUAUUUCUUUAGUAGACAACUCCGUGUUUACUAUCUCCCCAUUACAAGGAGAGGAACAAACCCCUUGUGUUAUAUCUGUGGCUAAUUCAAGUCUUUUGGACUUUGAGAAAAAUGAGAGUUUUACUAUUGAGGUAAUAUUAAUAUAUAGAUAAGAUUCUUAUAAUUUUUUGUUAAUUCUUUCAUUGAAACUAUAUGGUUUCUUAAACCUUGCAAUCUUUAAGUUAUAUCAGGUGUGGUGAUUGUUUUGUUGUUCAAUGCUGUUGUGAUCAGGCUCUGCAGUUUGCAAAGCUGGUGCAGGGGAAUUCCAUUGUAACUGACAUACUUUUCAGAAAAAUAAUUUCACUUCGCAUCCAGUAUAAAUGAAAAAAUGCUCUUAACUGUGCUUAAUUUAACUAAGCAUAGUUUUGGUUCCUGAGUUGUAGACUGUAAACCAAUAUAGUAAAAUAAUAAAUGUCGGAAUUGUAACAAAUGUAACAUGGAAAAGGUCAAAUAUUUUAGGUAGAAUCUUUUCUGAGUUCCUCUGAAAUCUGCUUUAACUGAAAUAUAUUUUUUCAAGCUUAUUAUCUACAGUGUUUAUGUUUCCAAAGAAAACCAGUAAGAACUACUUAGAAAACCCAUGAAAAAAUUAUCCAAUUUUAUUUGGAAAUUACCUUGUACUUUAAAAUUAAUUCAGAUAAAUGCUUGCUUUUUAUUUAUCUGGAAAUAAUUGCUUGCAGAACCUAUAAUAUACACAUGUUAUGUAUGAUUUAUUAUAUGACUGGUAAACUCAGGUUGUUGUGAUGGAACGAUUGACUCCAGAGCAUCAUACCACUACAGCCACUAUUACUAUCUUUCUUGAUAAUGAGAAUGAUAACUUCCCCCGCUUCAAAACACCAUCACUGGAGAUUUCUGUUCCAGAGAACAGUAAAUUGGGUCAUUUAGUGACCACUGUUGAGGUAAAAUGGGCAUAAAGAACAAGUGAAUGCAUCAGUAUAGUAAUUGUAGAUGCUAUAAAUAUGCUAUUUUUAUUUGAAAGUUUAUUUAAUUUUUCCAUAGUAAUUUACUUGUCAAAUUUUUUAAUUAUAAGUUUGCGUUAAUUACCUUAGUUUUUAGAUUUAAUUGUAUUAUUUUUAAUUGUAAUUAUUAGUCCAUGGCGCUUCUGCUGAAAUAAAUCCUUCUGAGUCAUUUAAUAUACAGUCUUUAUUUUCAGUUUGAUAGGACCAAAUUUUGCCAAUUUAUUUUUUUUUGCAGAAAGUUGUCGUGAAAUGUUGGCAAGCGUAGGCUUAUUUCAUAUAAACUUGUGUCUUUUGCAUGUUCAAAAUAAAAAAGCCUUUUGAUUUACAUUAAAAUUUCAAAUAUAAAGCAAUUCUUUGUAAGUUUUUUUUUGUGUAAAGACUGAAAUGGAAUCUAGUUUAACCUUUGAUAUUGAGAAGGCUUUUUUUUUUUUUUUUUUUUUUAUGGUUUUUUUUUUUUUUUUUUUUUUUUUAACUUUUCAUAAUAGGCUAAAGAUGCAGAUGCUGGGAAUUUUGGAAUAGUUCACUACAGCAUAGAUGGAGAUCAAACAAGGUAUUUAUUUGCAUGCAGAAAGCCUUUGAUUAUCACAAAAAUUUCUAUAAAAGAAAUAUUUAAUGUCAUGAAAAUUGCACACCACAACAAAAAUUUGAUUAAAAAAAGCAGCCCAUGUAACUCUCACCUUUAUGCUUUUUUAAAUUGGGAUAUAUCUUUAGCAACCACUGCUAUCAGAAGAAAAGACUGGUUUUUAGAGUAGAAACACUAAUCAUUACUUACCGAAAGCUCCUGUAAUGAUUUAAAAAGAAAUCAUUAAUAGCUUGACACAAAUGUCAAUAUCAGUUUCUAAACUAAAUUUCUUUCAUUUGAAUUCCUCAGAUUUAUUAUAAACAGCAGUACAGGAGAGAUUACUCUGAACUCCACUGAUCUAGACUGGGAGACCAGAAAUACUUACAGUUUAACAGUACGAGCAACAGACUCAGGAUAUUUCGACACCUCCAUCCAGCUGAAUAUCAAGGUUACUGACAUCAAUGAUCAGCCUCCAAUAUUUAAAACAGAGUUUAGUGCCGAAGUUGAUGAAAACAGUUUGUCAUUCCAUUUGCCACUGUUUAUUAAGGUGAGCAUGGUAAUUUGCUAUACCUAAAAAUUUAUGUUAAGAUGAUUACAGUAAGAGUAUUCAUACCUAAAGUCUUUAUGUUAAGGUGAUUAUAGUAAGGGUAGCUAUACCUAAAGUCUUUAUGUUAGGGUGAGUACAGUAAGAGUAGCCAUACCUAAAGAUGAGAAUCAUUUUACUUACACUGAGCAUUUUAAACAGAAAAAAGAAGGUCCAUUAAGGAAUAUCUAAAUGGGACAUAUCAAACGACCAUCAGCUCUGUAAAUUCAGGGCAUAAAACUCAUCAACUCAUGGCUGGUGACUAUAUAUUGAACAUUUUCAGAGAUAGAGUAAAUAUUUCUUAAGUUUCUUUUCAACUGUGGACUCUUAAUGAAGCAAAACUAAAUCAUAAUUAUUUGCACAAUACUGUGAUGAAUACAUGAAUAAGUAAAAAUGUAUUUUUAAAAAUAAUGUAUCAUUACAGGCCAGUGAUGCUGAUGAGCCAGGAACCAAUAAUAGUCAGAUUGUCUACUCCAUCGCCCAAACUCUUUCACAACUGCGGAACAGGUCUUUAUUUCACAUAGACAAUACAUCUGGAGAAAUUACCUUGCUAGAAACAUUUGAUUUUGAGGAACUCCUUAGUAAGGGUCUAUCUAAUAGACUUCUUCAGCUAGAAGUAACUGCUAAAGAUCUAGGAUCUCCUCAGCUGAAUGGUUCCACUAUUGUCAAAGUUUUAGUCAAGGAUGUAAAUGAUUUUGCACCAAACUUUACUUCUGCAUCUUAUAAAUUCACUGUAAAGGAAAACUCUCCACCAGGUCACAUAACUUUUACCGCUGAUAUUUAAUUUAUGUUAAAUUCUAUAACCUUUUAAUUUAAAAAAAUCAUUUAUCUAUUUAUUAGUCUAAAUAAUUUGUGUAUAAAACUUCCCCCAUUGAAUCUAAAUUAAUCAAUCUGUAUUUCAUAAUAUAUUUGUAAUCAAACAAUUUUAUUUUUAUUUAAUUAUUUGACUUUUUAUGUAAAACAUUUACAAUUAAGAUUUUAUGUUUUAAAUAUUCUAAUGACAAGAAAAGUCUCAAUGGCUGUAAGUAAAUUUUACUGUCAGAAGAAUUUUGAAGUUUGGCAUAUGGCUUUGUGAUUUCAUUUAUCUGCAAUAUUUAAUAUGUAAUAUGUAACAAUUAAAAACCAAUGUUAGAAUUUCAAAUCUACAUUUUCAAAAGUCAUUUAAAUAAAGUAUAAUAUUAAAAAAGUAGGCCUUAUAUUUAAACUUAUACUUUAAACAACUUAACACAAAAAUAAGUUUAAAUAUUUCAUUAUUUAAUUAGCAGCUUUAUUACGAAACAUGCAAUUCAUUUUAAAUCCACCAGUUUAAAAAAAGAUUGCUGAUUUCACAGAGCCAGUAAAUACCGUUUUUUUUUCAAUUUUGAGCCUUCACAUCUCUGCUUGCUGCAACACUUUGCUGGUGCUUAUUUCCUGGGUGAUUAUUUCAUUGUCAAAUUAUUUCAUUAUAAUUUAUUGCCUUGUCCAUCAUAAAUUAAUUUUUGUUGUUAUUUCAGAUGUCAGUGUUGGGACAAUACAUGCAACUGAUAAAGAUGGAACAUCACCUAACAAUGAGUUAUAUUAUGUCAUCCAGUCUGGAGGGCAGGACAAAUUCCAGGUGAAAUAUUGCUAACAAUUACCACUUUUUAAAUGACUAAUUAUAACAAAAUGCUAUAAAUAAUUUAGUUAAGUGUAACAAUGUUUAAUUUUUUUGUCAAUUUUUAAAAUUUGAAUAAAUUAUGAAUUUUUUUAUUUAUUAUUUAUCUAAGUAUUGUAAUGAAACGUGAUGUCCUUGGAGAAUGAGUUCCAAAGGCAUGUUAUUUUGUGUGAUAUAUUUCAAGGCAUCAUAUUUGUGAUAAAUAUAAAACGAUACAAUCAUCUAGAAUUAAUGACUUACCAUAUAAUGAUAUUGUUAUUUAUCAAAUAAAAAAUAUGAUAUUAUUUUGGUUUAUAGCGACUUAUGAUAUUCAUUAGAGAAAUUUUUCUACAAUUUAAUGUUUAUCUUCAUAGAUGCUGACUUUAAAUUGCAUUUUAAAAAAUCCCCCAACAGAUGAACAGUUCAACAGGUGAAAUCAGUGUAGGUAUAGGAGCCAUCCUGGAUAGAGAGGACAAAGCAACAUACAAUCUCAUUGUGCUAGCUAUUGAUAGGGGGUCACCAGCGGAGAGUUCAUUAGCCACUGUCCUUGUUACAGUUACUGAUAUAAAUGAUUCACCACCAGUGUUUAAUUCAAGUCAAAUUGAGCAAAAAUAUUCCACUUAUGAAAAUGCUGCCACAGGAACUGGGGUAAACUAUGAACAUAUUUCAUUUUAUUUGCCAUGUUAGGCUUAUAAUUGCUGUGUAUUAGAGAUUGGUUUUUCACCAGUUGUUUUGUGAUUCUGUGUUUAAAAUAAAUAGACCAAAAGAUAGUUUCUUACUGUUGGGCUUUAUAUACACUUAAUUUACUUGUGCAGAAAUGUAAUUAUCAUGUCACAAAUUUUGUAGAUCAAUUCAAACAAAUUUAAAUUAUUUGAUAUUGUUUUUUCUUUUAGAUUUUAACAGUUGUGGCCACUGAUCCAGAUAGCAAUUUUGACCUAAAGUAUUCUAUUCAAUGGGAUUCUUCCCGAGCAUUUGAUGAAAAAGAUAGGGAUGUUAAUAUUUCAAUUGUACAGGCAAGAAAUGUGUUGAAUUUCAAAUUAUUUCAAUUCAUAUCAAAAUUUCUAAUGUUGCUAAUGAUACUCAUCAAAUAACCUAUUAUUAUUUGUUUCACCAUUUGAAAUAUGGCAGUGCAUAAUUUAUAAUGAAAGCUGAUUACUGUAAAACAGAUCCAAAGUUCUUGUUUAUGUCUUUAACAUAAAUAAAUAUGACAUCUUAUUAAUGUAUAAUUGAAAUUAAAAACUUACAUUUUUGGUAUAUAUAUAUAUUUAUAAUAAUAUUUAUUUGGGGUGGGGUGUGGUGUAACGGUUCUUUUAAAACUGUAAGAAAACAAAAGGACCUUUAACUUGAAAAUAUUCUGAAUGAUAUAAAAUUAGAUAUUUGUUAUUGAAAUAUUUUAAGGAAGCAUUUACUAAAUAAGCAACUUAAUCUUCUGACCUUUUUUAUGCCAAUAGAAAAAUUUUCAAUUUAUUAUUGUUAGUUAUUUAUACCUCCACUUUCUAGGGAUGGCUGGUAGUUGAUAAAAAGACAGGAGCCAUCACAGUGAACUCUCAGUUAGACAGAGAAACAGCUGAACAAAUCAUUCUGAGAAUAACUGUAGAAGAUGUCAAUGCUGAGAUGCCAAAACCUCAAAUUGCCACAGGUGACAACUUUUUUAUCUAUCUGGCAAUAGAGUUAGAGGUUAUGUGGUCAGCCAAUGGAAAUGAGCUUCAGGCAAAGAAUUAAUUGGUUUGAUAUUUUCUACGACAAAAGCACGAGUUGAUCAAUUUAAGUUAUUAAGAGUCAGGACUGAUUAUUAUAUAAAUAUUUCUGAAUCUUCUGCAUUUUAAUUAGAAAUUAAUAUUGAGGGAUUAAUGGUAUCUAAAUAGCUCAACCAAAUAGAAAAAUUAGGACAGAAGGGGCAGAAAAAAAUUGUUUUAACUUAGAAUAAUAUAAUACAAUAAUAUCAAAAUAUGAUGGAAAAACCAAAAAGUGUUUAAAAAAAAUUGGUACAAUUUAAAAUGAUUGUCAAGAAAACGAAAUAAAAACCCAGUAAUAAAAAAUACACAAUUAAAAAUCAAAUAUUUUGCUCUUCUGCACUAGUAACUAUGGACAACAUUUUGAUUUGUCUCUUCCAGCCACUGUAACCAUCAUUAUAUUAGAUGUCAAUGAUGAGGCACCAGAAAUAUUAUACAUUAGCUCUCAACAAUCCCUGCGUGUAUCAGAGGGCACAAAGCUUGACACAGAGGUGACAACCUUGACUGCCACUGACAAGGACAAGGAUCAAACUGUGACUUUAAGCCUUAUCAAAUCUGUGUACUUCAACAUAACCCAAACAGGUAAGAAAAGUGUUGGCUGGGAAAAAGAUUUUUUUGGUUUUAAAGUGUAAACAUCAUUUCUAUACUUUCUUUACAUUAUUGUCUUUUUAACCAAAUAUUUAGGCUACAACUAUUCAUGAUUUUAUUUCUAGGUAAAUUGACAGUUUCCAAGCAGCUUGACAGAGAAGUGGUGGACAAGCUGAAUUUCACUGUAGUAGCCACUGAUAAUGGGAGACCCCCAUUAUCUUCCAAUAUAACUAUUGGGGUUCAAGUUCUAGAUAUCAAUGAUAAUGAUCCAGAGUUUAGUAGCAAUCAAACAUCUUUCACAGUAGAGGAAAACUCUGCCAAUACAACAUUCAUCACAAAAAUAAAUGCCACUGACAGAGAUGAGGGACCCAAUGCUAACAUUACCUUUGAAUUCAAGGAUAUCUCCCCAUAUAGAAUUGAUCCUAUAACAGUGAGUGGGCUUCCCAUUUAAAUAUCAUUAUGAUUUAAAAAAUGAUUUGUAAAAGGUUAACUUUAAACUGUCGUCGAAAUUAAAUUAUUUUUUUUUUUUAAAAAUUAUUCUUAAUACUGACCCUAGUGAUAUAUUAAAAAAUAUAGUGGAUUCUGUGAUGUUUUAAAUCCAAAUAAAGUAAGAAGGCAACAUCAAAGUAUAAAUGCAGUUGAUCUCUUUUGACAAGGAAAGGCUUCUUCUUCUUCUAUGUAUUAAGGGCCCACAAUCAAUGUAUUGAUCAUUUCAUUCUGGCUCCUAUGCAAGUAGAGGGGAUUUGCUUAAUUUACUUCUUCCUUCUAAGCUAAUUUUUACCAUUUAUUCAUUCAGGGUGACAUCUAUGUAUCAGAACCCUUGGACAGAGAAAAAAAGUCCAGCUACACAUUAACAGUUUUCGCCACAGAUAAUCCCUUACUGGAACAAAGGAGACGAUCCUCCAUUGUUAUACAAAUUGAAGUGACAGACGCGAAUGACAAUUCACCGGAAUUCGGUAUUACAAUUCCAAGUAAGAAAUUCUCAAACAGAAAUUGGAUUUAGCUAAAACUUUUGUUAUCAGGUGAAUCUCUUUGCAAUCAUAUCUUAUUGUGGUGUGCUUUACUUUCAGGUUACACUGCCAAGAUCUCAGAAAUCAGUAAACAAAAUGAUCUGGUCCCUAUUUCACCUCAAAUGAUCUCAGCAAAGGAUCAGGAUGUUGGCCAGAAUGCUAAUAUUACAUUUUCUUUAAAGGUAUUUAUAUGUAUAGAUUUUGUAGUUCAUUAUUUGAUCAAGAAAUCCAAAAACAAAAAAAGUUCCAAAAUAGAGUAUUUAAAUACAUUAUUUUUGAGGCUUUGAAAAUCCAGUAAUAGAAUGAAAAUAUAACAUUAUAGGAGCAAUUUGUUGGCCUUUGAUGAAAUCUACCCCAUUACUUCAGAUAAAUGGAGAAUGUUCUAGCAGAGGAGAAUGUAUAUUAUUGUCCAUCAGCUUCUGACUGCUUAAUAUUUCUUUAAAUGAUUUUCAGCUUUAAUUCAUCACUAGUACAUUCAUAGAAUGUAACAUACAAAAUAAUAAUAAUAAUAAUUUUCAGUUUGAAAAAAAAAACAAUUUUUAUAUCAUUCAGUCUUAAAGUCUGUGUAAAUUUUAGGUCAAUCUUAUACAAUUUAACUAUAUUUACAACUGAGCAAACUUUUGCAGUAUUGUUUGUGAAUAUUGAUGUAAGUACUUGUAUGCAAUAAAUACAUGUCUUAAAAUACUGUUGUCAAUCAGAUCUUAUCUGACAAAAUAUAUUUUUUGGGGAACUUUUUUCAUGUUUAUUUACUGGAUUCAUGUUACCUAAAACACUGAACAUCAAUUUCUGUUUUCAAACCCUGGUAUAGAGUGUUAAUGCUUCUGUUGAAGACUUUUUCAAGAUUGAUCCAAGAACAGGUCAAGUCAGUGUUAAUAGAACAGAUUUAAGAAACAAGCCUGGAGAAUACAGGUAGUGUUGAUCUUGAUGCUGCUGUAAAAAGUUCUUCAACAUUUAAAGAUUCAGUUUUUAGUAAAAAAAAUGAUUAAAAAUAAAUUUUGAUCAAGCACUUUGGAUAUUGUAGAGUUAGAUUAUUUCUUGUGUCUCUGAUUUGCAAUCUGUUCUUUGCUCUCACUUUCUCUAAGAGUUUUUUUCUUACUUAACUUUCUAACAAGGAAGUCUUUAAUCUAUUAAACAAAAGCAGGCUAAUCAUUUAAUAUUGCUGUAACAAAAAGUAAUACAUUAAUUAUUAAUAUCUACAAAGUUCAAUCAUUUAUUUUUUAACCCGCAUAUAGAAAUAAUAGUGUCAAAGUUAUUGAACAAAUGAUUAAUAUGCUUUAUAGAAGUUAAUUCCUAUUAUUUAAUAGUACUGUUCUGGAAUAACAUAGUUAGGAAAUCUUAUUUAAGACUGCAUUACAGUUCAAAACAAUAAUUCAAAAACAAUGAAAUUUCCUACUCCAUUCAUCUGAUACCUUUCUUUCUUUAUUUACAAAAUACUAUUUUUAAUGUUUUUGAUCUUUGAUUUAUCUAAUUUAAUUAAAUAAUGUACAUUUCAGUUAUGUUGUUACAGCAACUGACCAAGGAAUACCUCCCAAAUCAGCCAAUGCUAGUCUAAAAGUUACUAUAUUGGAUGAGAACAUAAACUCUCCUGUUUUUGUCUCAAAAGGGCCAAUACCUGCCAUCCCUGAGGUAAGCAUCUUGUCAUAAUUGGGAUAAUGAAAACACAUUCUCUUAUACACUCUCAGGACAUUUGUUGAAGAAAUCUUUUUAAGUCUCACGAGACAUGGAUUUCUAGACCCUUGAACAAAUCUUUUGAAUGCAAAAUAAUUAUGGUUGUUUUUAAAAUCUUUUGGUUGAACUGAAAAGAUUUUCACCCAACGUAUGUUAAUACAGAUUUUUAAAAAACAAAAUGUUUUAAAUAAACCCAAGCUCUUAACAUGAAAUGAUAACACUUUUAUCUUUAUUUCAUUGAGAUUGAUAAGAGGAUUGAAUUUCUUACUCUCACAAUAUCUCAAUUCUGAUUGUCAAUACUGAGGAAAUUUUUUUCUCUGUUUACAUUCCUAGCACAAUAAGUCAUUCCUUUUUAUCUAUUAUGGACCUUUGAAUGAAUAGUUUCAGCACUUCUGGAAGACUUCCUGGCAAUAGACAAUUACAUAACUAAUCAAUGCAUGGUUUUUACAAUGCAGGGUUUUUAAUACCCACUGGUUCGUAGGGUUUUUAAUAGCCACUGAUUCGUAAUGACCAUUAAAAUAACAGAUUAAAAAAAAUCUAAAUAAAAAACGUAAUUAAUGAAAAUAAAAUCCUUGUAUUUUUUCAGUGUGCCCGUCAUGGGUUCAGUGUGUAUCAGUUUAAUGCUACUGAUGCAGACAAAGAGAAAUCUACCAAUGGAUUGGUUCAUUACUAUCUAGUUAAUGGAACAGAUGCACCAGGAUGGGAAUUAUUUAAUUUAGAUGCACAGACUGGUUCGCUUACUGUAGCUGCUGCCCUUGAUGCUGAUGGGAAUGGUUUACUUAAAGUAAGGAUUUUGACAAGGAGUUUAUUUAUGUCUUUCCUUUUCAGUAAUCAAUUAUCUUACACCCCUUAAACUUAUAUAUCAAUUCAAUUUUUUUAAAAAUACAAUCAGUAUAAAUAAUGUGUUUAACAAUCAAAAUGCAAGUUGUGUUAGGAAAUCCACUCAGCUGCUUACAUAAGUUAACAUAAAGAAAUAUACAAGUUAUGGUUCUCGGAUUUGUUAAAGGAUGUCAUUCAUAUUUGAUUGCUUACGAUGUUACUAUGGUGUUAACACAAAAAGUGCAUUAACUUUUUAUUGAAAAGACGACAAUUAAUUUUUUUUUAAAAUAAAUCAGACAAACAAAAAAUGUCAGAAUACAUAGUUUUAAGGCUUGUUAUAGUGUCUUAGUCUAAGGCUUAAAAACAGUUACUAUGGCAAAAUCGUGGGGCUAAACAGGUCUGUAUUUUAGUGAUUCUUCAGAAAAGAUGGUAUGUUAAUUUGGGGGAGAAGAGAUGUUGCAAACAGUUAGUUUAUUAAAAUUAGAAAACAUAUAGGCUUACCAUCAUUGAAGAAAUUUCUUUAAAAACAUAUUAGCAUUAAUCAUUCAUUAAAUACAAAUUAGAGAAAGGUUCUGUUAAAAUCAUUUCCUCUAAUCAGCUUCACUGUUUAUUGUACAUUUUGGUUACACAGAUCAAAGUCAAAGCUGUAGACUUUGGAAUACCACAAAAUACAGUAGAAACAGAAGUCCUGGAUAUUCUUGUGAAUGACGUUGAUGACAAUCCUCCAGAGUUUAUUCAAGAACAGACUAAAGUAUUUAGUGUUAAAGAAGAGAGCGACAAGACGGAAGUUGGUCGAGUUAGGGCAACAGAUAAAGAUAGAGGCUCAAUUAUUACCUAUAUCAUAGGUAAAAAAAAGCAAACAUCAGACAAUACAAUAAACAUACUUCAUUAAUAUUUGUCAACAGUGUCUUACAUUGAUUUUUACAUUUCUAGUGAUAAAAAAUAAAAUUUUGUCUUCUCAACAUUAAAACAAAAUUUCCUUAACAUUUAAGACUUUUUACAUUGAAAUUUAAUUUAUUAUCAUGUAGAUCUAAUCCCAACAAUUGGAUUCCUGUAGGUCUAAAAAUCUAUUCCGACUAGAAUCAGUCUGACAUAAUGUUUCAAUACUUUUUUGUUAUUCUCUUCCAGAUGAUCCAGAUAAUGCAUGGAAAGAUUAUUUUCUUAUAACCACUGACUCAAACAGCAAAGAGGGGGUCAUACAAGUGGUCAAGUCAUUAGACCGUGAAACAAUCAGCUCUGUGCAGCUGACACUCCGGGCUGUCGACAGCUCUUCCAUCUCAAAACUUGAUGCUUGUGACAAUGUUUCUCCCGUGGACAACAGAAAAUCCUCCCCUCUAAAAAUUACGGUAAACAUACAGGACAUAGAUGACAACCCACCAGUGUUCAAGGAGAGAUCACUAUCUAAAGGUUUCUUGUCUAAGACAGCGCCUAAUAAUAUUAUUUUAAACCUAAAGGUAAGCUAUAUUUAUUUGUCUUUGAUUUUGAGGAGUGUUGCAAAGAGUGUGAUUGCUAACACUAAAGAUUAAAGCAAAUUUAGAAGAUAUUCUCUGUUUAGCUAGAAUUAUUUAAAAGCAUUGUUGAAACAUGACCUGCACAAAUUUUUUAUUUCAAUAGUUUAAUAAAAAGCAACUCCUUAUACUUGUUUGUAAAAAUGGUAUUUUUUAAGAAGUGUCCAAGUCCUCUUUACAUACUAACAAUUAGGCUAAGUUAAAAAUAAAAUGCAAAUUUGAAUGCCUUUAAUGGGAGCAGAUUUAAGUUUCUGCAUAGUUUUUAGCAAUGAAGGAAUAUAAAUUCAAAAGCAAUAAUUAAAUUUUCAGGACUACGUGACUGAUAAUGACACAGAGGUCAAUAGUGUACACCAUUUCUAUCAGCUCGGUGAUCUCCAGGCAGACGAGCAGCUGUCAAAAGGCUGGUCUCCUAAGGUUAAGGCUGACCCUAUUUUAGUUGGAAUCAAUGGAACCAUCAGAACAAACUUUAAGUUUCCAGAGGAUCAGUUUGGUGAAUUAACUCUUAGAGUCCUGGUUAAUGACAGCGGUGGAAAUGAUACACUGAACUUGAAGGUGAACUAAAAGUUGAUGGCAAAUUAAAUGUUAAAAAAGCUGGUGAAAAUUCACAAGAAUCAUAGUAUUUAAAAAAAAUCUAUUUAUCUAGCUUAACUUGUCUCCCAAGGUCAAGACUGGCAAUAUUGUUUAAGGAAAAAUGUUGCAAUUGGGGAAAGACUGCUUAGAUAAAAUCGACCAAGUGAGAAAAUCAUUGAGUAUAACAAUAGUCUGUAUUAAAGCUAAAAAAUAUUAAAAGCCACAGUUGAAAGGAAGUGGGGUAACAUUUUGCUAAAUACAAAUAUGAAUAAAUCCAUGUCAUUACUGAUGAGUAGUGUUGUACCUAUAAGAGUGCAAGGGGUUGAUCACCCAUAGUGGCACUUUUGUCUUUUUCUAUAACAUCUAUAACAUAUAAAGUUAAUCCUGUAUUUUUUUGUUUUAUGUUUACAUGACUGAUAUUCCUCGUGCUACAAAUUUAAAAAAUGAAAUACCUGCACAGGUGUUGGCCCCAAGCACUACAAUCACUAUUACAUGUAAAGCUGUAAACUUAAAAUUAAUUUAAAAAUUAUAUAAUUUUAAUCUAUUAUAUAGUGAUUUAAAUAUGUGUAUUUUAUCAUUAUAGAUCAUGAAACACACACCAAAUAAUUAUUACUUAAAUAUUACUUUAUAUAGUAUAUUUAGCCUUCUGCACCAAUGUUAUUGAUUAUUCUAUGUAUGACAUCUUCAGGUUUAUGUUGUCGGGGACACACAAGUGGUUCACAUGUCUUUUUUUAACACAGAGGAUGAGCUGAGACACUUCCAGUUACAAGUAACUGAGUGAGUAUUAAUGUCAAUAGAAUUUCAACAUACACUAUGGUAUCCAAUAAUUAUUGUUACUUCAUGUAUUAUUACACUGUUACGUUGGAAUGUUCUGCAUGUCAAGAUGUGUAUUAUUUCAUAAAAAUAAAACAAUAAUUCAUAAUUAACAUCCCAGAAUAAGCUAAACAUAGAUUGUAUAACCACACCAAGAACUAAAGCAGGACUUGCACAAAUACUUGUCUUCAAAGUAAUUAUAAACCAGUCAUACAUUAUUGCAUUCACCGACUUCUCUUUUCUGUGCAAAGUAUUUAAUCAUAUCCUCAAGUCCAGACUAUAUGAGCAGGGUCACUCUUGAUGGAGGGGAGAUCAAAAUACAAUGACGAUAAGCCUGGAUCAUAGUUGAUGAACUGUAGCUCUAAGAUGAGAGAGUAAUAUUUUCACCUGCUGCAUUUGAUCCAACCAUUGAUAAAUAGAUCCUCAAGACAAUAGCCUUAUAUGACAUAGUAUCCAAAAUAUUGUGUGUUGACACACCAUAACUCAAUUGAAUUAAACUGUUGAGGGGAAUAGUUAAAUAUCCAUCUAUAAUACAUAUAUCAUCUACAAACUUAUGACCUCACAGACAACUGAGUGAGCAGGGCUACAGAUUUGUACCAGAUGACAUCAUGCCAUUCUAUGAUGAAAAAGGAACUGUGGAUGGAACCAAGUAAGUUAAAUUUUAUUAUGACUUUGAGAGAACAUUGCCAUCUCUUAUAUGAUUACUAUAUAAUUCUUUGAUUGAUCCAAAUAAAUGGAAAUGUUUUAAUGACAUUGCACAUAUUUAUUUUCAGCUAAUGGAUAAACAUUCUCAUAAAGAUAAUUUUUUAACUAGAAAAAUUUAAAGACAUGUUUUUUGAAGUAUUUCUCAAGGGCAAAAAUCAGCCAUCAUAUAUUGUAAAACUCACUUCCCCAAUGGCAAUGUUCCUAUCACAAAUUUUGUUUAUUGUCAAAGUAAAUAAUUUGUGUGUUUUAACUUUGAUGUGCAAUCUAAAAAAUAUAUUAAAUAGGCACUGUAUCAAAUUUAUUAUAUUGCUAAAUCACAACCAUUUUAGAUAUCUUGCAAUAAACUUUCAACAAACUAAAAAUACUUUUAUUUAUAUUACCAGAUCAGUUUUGGUGGUCCAUGCAGUGGAAGAGAGUACAGGAAAAAUUAUUGAUGGAGCCACACUUCUGAGGUAAUUUAUGUCUAAAAUAUAUUUUGUUUGCCGGCUAAACCCUUUUCAUCUAAGUUCAACUUAAACAGUACUGUUAAUACGUAAAUUUAAAAGUGCUUUUCCUUUACAUUGUCAUGCCUAUAAUUACGUGCAUUACAACAUACUUGAAACCUACAACAAUUUUGAAGAAGUAAUCAUUUUAAUCCAUUCAUAAUGAUUUUAUUUUAAUUAAAACUAUUUUAAUCUAACUACUUCUAACACUAUUUAUCUUCAGUAAAUUAGAUUCCAAAGAUAAAGUGAAUAUUCUAAACCGAUACAAGAUCAUAAAGAGUGAAGUAAGCAUUGUUUACUAUAUUUUAUAUAACCAAAGAAUCUGACAGAUGGAAUAAUUUUUAUUAGUCUUAUAUUAUACUAAACUAUAGUGUUGCUAAAUCUAAAUCUAAAUAGUUAAUUGUUACUGACUUACACAGUUGUGUAAUAACUCAGAAUGUUCGUGUAGAGAGGAAGAUUAUUUUGUGCUGACAACAUUUGUGUGUAAAAAAAUCAAAUUUUAACAUUUUUCUCAGCUGGCAUCCUAGCAAAUUUUCUAAGGGGGGUGCAAAGUAGAUUGCGGCUAGGCAGUUAAAAAAACUGUUUCAGCUUUUUGUUAAAUUUAAAAAAAAAAAGAUUUAGGUGCUAAUCUUUAAGAUGGUCUCCACCUCAGCCACACUACCCUUGUUGUUUUUUUAAGGCCCAAAUAGUGUAUUAAAUCUAGUUUAUCAUAUUGUAUUAACACUGACAAAAUUGUCUGAAUCUAAUUUUUGCGUUUUUUACUUAUUAAGUUAACUUGUAUAAGAUAUGAUCCUCUAAGUAAAUGACUUUGUUUGUUCAGACUGGGGACAAGGCCAGCAGUAAAAGUGUGAGCUCACCAGAUGGCAGAACUCAGUACAUCCUCAUUGGAGUGAUUAUUGUCAUUGCCAUCACUUUUGUUAUCACUUUGUAUAUGUUGAUACAUAAUAUUCAGAGGUAAAAUUUUCAUUAAAAACAUUACUUUUUUGCUGUUGUAAUGAAUCAUCAAAUAUUGACAUGAUAAAAUGUGUUCCUAACAUAUGCCUGCAUCUUAUCAUGUUGUAAUAAAACCUACUUAAUUGUUAUGCAUCUGUAUCUUUCAAAUAUUUCUUGUGUGGAAAAAAGUGGAUAAUUUCAAUCAAAUAUACAGAGUUACGUUCUUCAAAAUUAAUUUACUUCUGCAAAUAUACCUCCCAGUUACCGUAAUGCAAAACAAAAUCCUCAUCAAAAUAUAAAAUAAGUUAAUCUCACGUACAUGAGUUUUUCCCAAAGUGCCGUUGCUAGUGGACCACACAGCAUUAGACAAAAAACUGGAUCAAAGUUAGAAAAAAAUAAACAACCAUAACAAAAACAGCUUGGAUCGAAUAGCAUUAAAUGGUCAUUUUAAAAGAUUGCUCUCCCAUUGGCUGAUCAUGAAUUUAACCAUUUAUUAUUACAUAUUUUGGGGUCAAAUAAAACGAUAAAAAUUAUUUUUAAAUCUGGUACAAGUCCCAGGUGCAAUGGGAAACUUAUCCAAUGGUCCACCCAAAUUAAACAUUUUUGGGAAACACUAAUCUAAAUUAUUCAUACAUGACAAAUGAUUUCCUUCUGAAAAAUCUUUCUGUUAUGUUUACAGGUUUAAAAGAAAACUUAAGGCUGCUACAAUUGAUGUCUAUGGUGAGUGGGAAGAAGAGUCAAAUUUAUUCCAGUUAUAAAAUAUCAGUUGAUUGAAUAAUGUUUCAAUUGACACCCCCUCCCGAUUCCAGGAAAAAUAUAAGUUCUGCACUUGAAAAUUAGGAUAACUAGAACAAUAUACAUCAUAGUUCUGUGUUUGCAUUUUAUUUAUUGGGUGAUUUCUUUUUUCUAAGAAUUAUGAUAUAACUUAAUAAAUCAGUAAUCUAUGAGUUUAAAAUUCAAUGAUUUUUUAAUAAUAUUUCAAGGAAUGGACCCAAUAAAGUUUCCAGGCUUGGACAAUGACAGAAUCAAAGAGUAAGUUUGAACUUAAUAGGAAAAAUAUAUAACAAAUAUUAUUCUUUAUACACUGACUUUUAUUGUAAGUAAAACUUAAAUUACAUGGUUCUUUUAAUAAUUAUGUCAUAAUAUUUCUAGAAGAGCCUUCUGCAUUUUCUAAAAUAAAAUUUUUAACAUUUCAUUUGAGAUUUAUAUGUAAAAAUAAAGAAAAUAAAAGACAUCACACAAGAUAAAUAGUAAGCUGCAUCAUCUAAGCAUCUAACUUAAGUCAGAUGAGAUUUUGCAACUAUAACCUUGCUUUGGAGAAGUUGUAUCAGAAAUCAAGUUAUAAUUCAUGAAAAUUUUUUAAAUGUGACAAAGUGGUUGUAAUUCAGAUAAAAGAAAAAAAACACUACUAAAUUUUUAAUGCUGUCUGUAUAUUCAAUUAUAUUGUUUCUCUUUUAUAAUCAGUUUUUCAUCAUUUCUCAGUAGCCUAUAAUUUUUAUUUAUUUAUUUAUAGUAUUAUUGAACACAUCAUAAGUUGAUAUAUUAACAUACUGGUUUCACAUGAGGCUUGUGAUAUAAUUUUAACCAAUUGUGAUGUAUUUGAUAGUUUUUGUAGUGAGAAUUGAAAACCAUCUAUUAAAUUUUUCUAUAUUUCUGUCAAUGUCUCUUUUUGUCAGUCAAUGUCUCAUUAUGUCAUUCUAUGUCUCUUAUGUCAGUCAGUGUCUCUUUAUGUCAGCCAAUAUCUCUUUAUGUCAUUCACUGUCUCUUAUGUCAGUCGCUAUAGCUAUUCAGGGACUUUAUGACAUAAGCAUUCAUUUUAGUUGCCUAUUCUAGUUAAAUGAUUAAGUUAUACAACUGCUGACAUAACAUUUUACUGAAUUAACAUAUUGAUUUAAAAAAUCUUUUGUGAAUCAUCUAAAGAUUUCUGUCCCCACCAUGAAUUUUCAUAAUGUUCCUAGUCCUGAGUUUCAUAAAGGUCAAAUACAAUACCACUAUGGUUCGCUUAUCUAAGUUCUGGAAUGUAAGUGUCACGGGCCACUUGUCAGCCAGUCAAGUUGUUAACGUAAGCAUUUUAUUUAGAAGAUUUUUUUGAAGGAAAUACACUUUCUUGGAAUCCAUUUAAAUUAUUGACCUAUCAGUUUAUUUAGUGGACCAUGACGACCCUAAUUAAAUAGAAUAAAUUAAAUUCUCUGACACCGGCAUUCUGUCAUGCCUUCUUUGCUACAUGAGCCCAAUCGCACUGAUCAAUCAGGACUUGUAUAGACUUUUGAAAGGCUAUUGAAAUAUUUUGGUUGAUCCAAACCUGAUCAUUCCUUCAAUGCUAAACCUUUUAUAGAAAAUAGUUUCUCAUUUUUUUUUUUUUUGUUGAUAAGUGGACAAUGAAUGAUCACAGUGUGAAUCAAACAUGAAAUAAUCAAUAUAAAAUUAUAAUUUUAUAGAACCAGUUAGAACAGUAUCAGGACUAGUUUUAAGACUCGGGUAUUUCAUGCCUGACAUGAAGGGAAGAAAAGGUGGAAAUAUAGAUCAAAGUGGAGACUCUUUCUAUAUCAAUGACACUAAAACAUAGUCUAUAAUAGUUUUUUUCCUAAAUAGUUUUGUUUCUUAAACUAUGUACCUGUACAGCAGGCAACCAUGUUAAAAAAAAUAUGUUUUGCUUUUGUAAAUUUAAUAAUAUUCUAACAAUUUUCAUUACCAUUACAAUGUUUUAUGAGAAUGACUGCCCACAAAUGUUCAAUACUAUGACAAUGUUUUAUGCCAUUGACUGCACAGCCAACAGGAGAGCAGUCAAAAAUAAAUCUAUCUUAUAUUGUUACAGCCAAAAUCCUAUCUUCAUGAGAGAUGACUUGGUGAUAGAUGAAAGUGGGAGUGAUGCUUACAGUGAUUCUUACAGGUAGUAUGUUCCUUCUACUUCUAAUCCAAGUCUCUAAUCUGAUCUCCUAUCUUUGUAUAAUUUUACCAAAGCCUUUGCCUUAAUAGGUAAGGUCUAUAGGCUUAUUUGCUUCAUAAAUUGAGAUUAUCCAGAUUUUGAUUGUCUUAUAGCAGUUAAUAGUUGCUAAGAAUACCAGUUUUGCAAAUGUCAUGUCGCCUUCAUCACCUGGCCACAGAGCAAUCUGGAGAUGACCAUAUUAAAGUCUUCAUGUGGCAUCAAUAAAAUGUAAUGUUUCUCAACCUUGAGAGAUCACACAACCAUACACAUUUAAUGAUAUUUUUUAUUUAUCGUCUAUGCAAAAAUGUAUAACAAUUAAAUUUUUUUUUUCUUUUUGCCAAUGGUGGAAUUUUUAAUGGUUUCUUUUUCUAUUGUUUAGCCAAACAUCUGAGAACUCAAUAGACAAGAAUGCCAUGAAUGAAGAGCAUCAUGGUAUUGAUGAGCAGGAAGUGACCCUUAACCUCUAUGGAGCAGAUGGACAAUACUUCAAUGAUGCAUCAGAUUUACCCAACCCCAUGAGAUAUCUCCAUAAUGUGAUCGAGGGGGGGCCUGAGGGGGAAAACUUUGAGGAUCUUGUUGGGAAGAGGAUGGUGGAAAGAGGAUUUCCAUCUGAAAAUGAUUCUGAUGAGGACAAUGUAUUCAGCUUCAGCACAAGCAAUUUCGAAUCUACUGAAAUAUAACUGAACUCACCGCACUAAAUUAUCAAAUGCUAACAAGACAAGUUUAGUGUAAAGUAAACUUGUACAUCAUCUUAACAUCACUCAUUGGCAUUAAGCUAUUCAUAGCUUUAUAUAAUACAUGGCCAACUUUUACUAUAUUAUAAGUAUAUGUAAAUAAUUUGGCCAAAAAAAAGUCUUUGCCAUUUAUCAAAUUAGGUUUGAAUUUAAAGAAACUAUUAUUUGAAGGAGUCUUUCAUUGCUGCUGUAAUACAGAUUCUCAUCUAGUAUAGAACUGCCAAGAAUAUUUUAUACGCUCGACUGGUUGAUGCUGAAGUCAUUUUUUUUUUGUAAUCAUGUCUAAUGAGAUAAGCUGUCUCCUAAUGAGACAAGCUGUCUCCAAUAUUUUUUUUCUGUGUUCCAAUAGUUUGUGAUUGCAUUCCUGUAAUUAAUAAAGUUUUAAAAAAAAUCAAAUAAUAUAUUUGUUGUUUUUUUACCCUUAAUGCUGCCACUAUUAUGGUGCCUGGUGGUCAGACCUAUCAUAUCACCAGAUAAUGAACCUACCACUAUGGACAAGCUUCUCU